AUGCUAUCGAAUUGGGCUAUAAAGCAGAUCCAAAAGCUACCUCUCGAUUAUUUGAAGCUCAACUGUACUGAAGGAUCUUGUUAUGGAAUAAUUGCAGUACAUCGCAUAUGUUUUGCACUUGUCCUUUUUCAUGCCUUAUUGGGGCUUUUACUGCUGGGUGUACGCAACAGUGGACAACCUAGGUCAUCCAUUCAGAAUGGUUGGUGGGGACCCAAGGUCUUGUGCUGGAUGCUCUUGUUGGUAGCUUCCUUUUUUAUACCAAAUGAGUUCUUUCGAGUCUGGGGCAAUUAUUUCUCUCUUGCCGGAGCAGCGAUCUUUAUCCUAUUUGGUCUUGUGCUUCUUGUUGAUUUUGCGCACAGUUGGACUGAGAGAUGUCUAGAGAAUAUGGAGUACUCUGAUAAAUGGAAAUAUAUCUUGAUUGGAGGUACUCUGUUCCUGUAUGCAGCCGCCAUCACAUUGACGGGUAUCAUGUACGGGUUCUUUACGCCAAAUGGAUGUUCAUUGAACCAGUUCUUUGUUACUCUCAAUAUGAUCUUGAGUCUGUUAAUCACCUUUUUAUGCAUCACUCCUUCCGUACAAGAGGCAAAUCAUCGAUCUGGCUUAUCACAAUCAUCCAUCGUGGUCAUCUAUUGCACCUAUCUCGUUUUGUCUGCUGUGGCAAAUGAGCCUAAUGAUAAAGAGUGCAACCCUUUAAGAAAAUCUCAGGGUCCUCAAACAACAUCGAUCGUCUUGGGUGCACUAUUUACAUUUUUGGCUAUUGCCUAUUCUACAAGCCGAGCAGCUACUCAGGGUGUCGAAGGAGUCACUGAGAGCUCAUCCAGGGAGCAUCUAAUAGCUGCUGUAGAAAACGGAACUCUCCCGAGAUCUGCUUUAUACAAAGAUGAUGAUCAAGAUGAUAAUGAUGAUGAACGCGAUGAUGAACGUUAUGGGGCUGUAUACAACUACUCUUUUUUCCAUUUUACUUUUGCAAUUGCGGCAAUGUACGUUGCUAUGCUUUUAACCAAUUGGAACACAAUCAUCUCAGAACAACCUAAUUCUCAAGAUGACUCGCUCAUCCGUAUUGGUCAAAGCUACACUGCUGUUUGGGUUAAGGUUGUGUCUGGAUGGAUAUGCUAUGGUCUGUACAUUUGGAGUUUAGUAGCUCCUGUGUUAAUGCCGGAUCGAUUUUUGGAUACAUAUUAA